UGGAAGGCACCGCACGAACGAGCCGACACGUAACUGCAGAGGAACCCGAUCCGAAAGAUCCGAGACCUGUAACCCGAAACGUGAGACCCGACCCUGCUUCUUCUUGUCUGUUGGUUUUGGCUUCAGAGAUUCAAAUCAAAACAGAACACUCCAAACUGCAAACCCUAAUAACCGAAGUUCCUUUCUUCGACACAGCACGCCACAAAGUGUUUAUUCUGUCGUUUCGAAAUUUGAAUAACGAAUCGAAUGGGGAAGAGAAAAGAGCGUCGUCUUGCUGCUCUUAGCAACGCUGGUCGUAGAGUCAAACUCGAUCUUUUCGCGGAACCCUCUGGAGAGUUGGGUGUCUCCACUGUACAUGGUGAUGCUGGAGGAGAUAUCGACUCACAACAUCGUGAUGGGUUACCCAAUUCACCCUCUUCUUCAGGUAUACAACCACAGAAUCCCCUGCAGUUACUUGGACAAUAUAGCGAUGAUGAAUUGGAUGAGGAAUCAAGUGAAGGGCCUAAUAAUACGAAGACGCAGAGCCUUGUGCUCAAUGAAGAGGCUAAGGGUGCACUUGAUGAAGAAUCCAAAGACUUAGACAUCAGUGUCUCUGUAGAUCUUGUUGCUCAGAAUAAUGGACAACAGAAUACAAUGCAAAAUUCUACAUCACUUGAUGUUGAAGGCAGUGAAAAAAAUGAAAGUGAUGUUGCUGCUGGUGAUUUGGAAAAUGAAACGACUUCCAAAGACCAAAUUUAUGUUUCUGAAAGGUUGGAUGAACUAGUUGUCACUGAUAUUAGUUCAGGAUGGAAGAUGGUGAUGCAUGAGGAAAGCCAACGCUAUUAUUACUGGAACAUUGAAACUGGGGAAACCUCAUGGGAAGUACCCCAUAUUUUGGCUCAAGCAGAUCAGUUGGCUAAUGAUCCAAUAUGUCCUGUCAAUGAUAAAAUAGAAAAUGCUGCUAUUUAUAUGGAUAAUUCCAACGUGCACUCAGCUGUGAUGCAGGACACGUCUGCUGCAUUCACAAUUGAUGGUUCUCUGGAAACCAGAGCGACUUCUCAUAAAGAAUUGUAUGGUUAUGAGUCCCAAAUGAAUGGAUGUGGCGGUGAAUGUACAAAUGAAAAUCAGAGUUCUGAUGUAAAUGGAAAUGAAUUGAUAAGAAGUAAUGAUGGUCUCAUGAGUUUAUCGUAUGGUGGAGAUCAUUCAUUUGUUUCCAGUGUUGAAGAACAGCUUUCAGAAAUUGAUUUUCCUUCUCGUCUUGUAAAACAGAGUGAAAGUUUGUUAGAGAGUUUAAAAUCACUGAAAAAGUCAAAAGGCAAUUUGCAAGGCCUGGACUCCUUGUUGAAUUAUAUCUUAGAGAUUGAGAUUAGGCUCUCUGAUUUUAGGUCUCUUGCAUCCUAUGGAUCGUCUUUACUUCCAUUCUGGAUGCAUUCUGACAGGAAGAUGAAACUACUUGAAAGUUUAAUCAAUGAUGAUUUGUUGCAAACUGCUAAAUCAGCACAUGAUGACGUUGAGGGUAAGCAUUCCCCUGUCUCUGAAGGAUUGGGUGAGCAACAGAAUGGCAUGGGACAUGAAUUUGAAGUAGAUCACAAUGUGAAUAAUGGGAUCUUUCAUACUUCUGAAGUUUCUAAUGGAUCUCAGGCUGAUGCUUCAACUGUAGUUUUAAAAGAUAUCAACAAUGCUCAGCAUGUUCUGCCAUCUAAUUCUGCUGGGAUUCACAUGGAAACAGGUGUAGAAGUUAAUACACAAGUUGAAGCUACUAUAAAUCCUGAGGAGUCAACUCAUAAAGAUGGGUAUAACGUUGGAGAAGAUAUUGAUAUGGAUGUGGACAUGGAAGUUGAAGAUAUGAAUUCCUCUGGCAAUACAACUGUCAUGGACGUGUCAGUCGCCAAGGGUUUUGUACAAACAGACCAAACAGCUCAGUUGAAUCCACUUCCUGACUACCAUUCUUUGAUGCCUGAUGAUGAGUUUGUUGUUCCUCCUCCUCCAGAUGAUGAAUGGAUUCCUCCACCACCCCCUGAUAAUGAGCAGGUGCCUCCACCUCCACCACCUGAGAAUGAUCAAGUGCCCCCUCCACCGCCUGGUGAUCCACUAGCUUCUUAUCAUGGUCUCCCAUCUUACACAGAGCCUGGGCAAUCCCUUUCUUAUGCUCAAUAUAGCCUACCUUAUCCUGGUGCUAGCUCUGAGUAUUAUGGGCAGCCAGCUGCUGAAGUCACAAAUAGUAAUAUAUAUGGACAAAUUGCUAUGCCACCUGCACAGCUCUACUACAGUGCAGUUCCUAACAUAUAUAGUGAAAAUUCUCAACUUAUGGUCAAUCCAACUGACCCUGUUGCUUAUUAUGAGAUUCAAGAUGGAGCUGGUUCAAAGUCUAUACCAGCUAUCAAUGUUAAUGAUUCUGGUGGUGUUGGUGAGGCUGACAGGGCAUCUAGUGAUGUUCCGUCCACCUCAUUUAGCAUCCAUGCACCCGCAACUGUUUCAGUUGAUGAUGGUGUUUCGUUGCCAUUGGCUACUGCUGAAGCUGCUGCAGGAAGUAACGCCUCAUCAUUAGUUGCUAAAGCGCAAACUAAAGUUGGACGCACUAGAAAGCGGGCAGUUGCAGUUGGAUCCUCAUUAAAGUCUAAUAAGAAGGUUUCGAGUUUGGUGGACAAGUGGAAGGCAGCUAAAGAGGAGUUGCUCGAGGAAGAGGAAGAACCCGAGAGUGUGUAUGAGGUUUUGGAAAGAAAGCGCCAAAGGGAAAUAGAGGAGUGGCGUGCCAAGCAAAUUGCGAGUGGAGAGGCCAAAGAUAAUGCUAAUUUUCAGCCUUUAGGUGGUGAUUGGAGGGAGAGGGUCAAACGUAAGAGAGCACAAGCAGCAAGUGAAUCUACUGGCACACUGCAAAAUGCAAUUGAGCAUAACCAGCAGCAGCCUGAUCUGAUUGAACUCUCUAAGGGUCUCCCAUCUAGUUGGCAGGCUUAUUGGGAUGAGAACUCAAAGCAGGUUUAUUAUGGUAACACUAUCACAUUGGAGACGACAUGGAUUCGACCAACAAGAUGAUUUAUGUACGGACAGCUACACAGGCUAACAUGGGGUUUAAUAUUAAGAAUAUUUUGUUUCUCUUUUCCUCUGAUUAUAAUAUCUUCUGGUUCUAAGUAGUAUCUUAAGGCUUAUUAGAAAUCCGUCAUGUGUAUAUUUAAUUUGUUCCUGCAUUUUUGGUUUAUUGUUGAUGUGCAUUUUUUUAAUAGCACCGUGGUGAAUAUUGUCAUUCUCGAGCUAUUUUUGGUGUAAGCCAAAGGAAACGAAGGAAA